GAAUAAGAUCUAAUUUAGUUUAAUAACAUUAUCCAUUGUUUAUAUUUCUGAUUUACUGAAUUAAAAUAAUAUAAGAGUCGAUUACCAGAGUAAACAUUGUCUAAGAAUUGCAAUAAUCAGAUUGUAAGAUGUCAUUCCAUAAAAUUAUCCUCACUGUUGGAUUUAUAUCCUUGUUCCACUCAGCAUUUUCAGCAGCCCAGCAUCGAUCGUAUCUACGAAUAACCUCGCAAGAGUUUACAACGCUACCUUUAGAUAUUGUCAUCCAAGCAGUUGGUAGUCUAUUUGCAGUAAUGUGGGGAGUUUUACAUGUAGCUGGCAACCUCAGAGAAAUCCAAGCUGCGGCAGAAAUGAACAACACUACAUGGGAGACACAGAAGAAUAUACCAUCGUUUUAUAUAUUUAAUCAUAGAGAGAAAGCGCUAACCAGUAAUUAUGUGCCAAGCUCUGGUAAAGGGGAUUUGGAGAAUUUAGAAUAAUUAAAUACAGUUUUAGAGGAAAUAAGUAUUCUUUUAUUGGGUGGAUGUAACUUGUUUUUAUGGGCUACAUUUUUCUAUUGUAAGCCAGUUAUUGAUAUAGAUGCCAUUUCAAAUGUAACUUGCUUAUAAUAUUACCGUUUGUUUUUAAAACAAUACAUCAUAGUUUUAAAGUGAAGAAAGUAGUUCAAACACAUUGUGAAACAUAUCUUGCUUUCUAUACAAGAUUUAAUAAUAGCAGUAAAUAGGCAAGUUCAUAAUCAAAUUAAUAUAAGUUAAUAUUUUUUUAGGGGAGAGCAUAAGUGUGAGGGUUCAGUAAAUAUUUAAUAUUAUUAUUUUAUAAUUAAUAUACCUAAGUUAUUAUUUAUGUUGUUUAGUUAUUAUUAUUUCGUUUAAAUAUAAGGAUUAUUUAAAACCAA